AUGGCGGCGUCCUCAUCCGCAGGACGCGUUGCGACUCUUUGCAAGCAAUUUCAAAACGUCUUCAGGAUAUCUUCAACAAUACAUACUCAGAAAUGCGCUGCUAACUUGACAAAAGUCCAGUCUAAUUUUUACAGCAGAGAAAAGUCUCCACUUGUUGCUCCAUGUUCAUUCAGUCUCACCAGCUCUCUGGGCCAGUGUCGCAGUCUGCACACAACCAUCAGCAGGAGGGGGCUGGAUGAGUUCUUUGACUCCCCUGAAAACUGGGGAGAGUCCACGGUGAAAUCAGGUGCACCAUGGACUGCAAAACAACUGAGAACAAAGAGCAAUGAAGAGUUACACAAACUCUGGUAUGUGCUGCUGAAAGAAAAGAACAUGCUGCUCACGCUUGAGCAGGAAUCAAAAAGGCAAAGGGUUCAGAUGCCAAGUCCAGAAAGAAUAAGAAAGGUUGAGCGAUCGAUGAUCAGGCUGGAGACAGUGGUACAGGAGAGAGAGACUGCGCUGCGUCUGCUGCAGACAGGACAGGAGAAAGCCAGGCCAGGAGCCUGGAGGAGGAACACAUUUGGAUAUGUCUACUGGUAUCGAUUCAAAGAGUAUGCAAUCCCUUGGUACAUGAACAAAAGAUACAAGCGAAAGAGGUUCUACACACCCAAGUUUGUCGAACCACACAUGAGGCUGCGUUUAGAGAAGCACCUUCGGGACAAGUCCAGAAAAGCCAACUUAGAAAGGGAAACCAAGGCCAGACUCCUCAAGACGUUUCCUCAAAUGAAGGUUCCAGCAUCAUGAAACUUCACAUUUGCUGAUCAUUUUUGAUAGCUGUGAUCCUGACAUCUGUCCAGACACGAAGCCUGCUGAGGCCAUACCAAUAAAUUCAGAUUGAGUCUGAAUCAGCUCACUUUGAAUAACUGAAGAUGGUCUGAAACUGUUGUCCCAUGUAGAGUUAAAAUGUUUGUCAAGUUGGUAUUUGAUUCUCUACGAUAAAUAUGCUCCAUCACCAUGAAAUGUUUUCUGUAUUCUUACUAAAUAUU